GUUAAUUGGUACACUGACAUCAGGAUUAUUUGUUACAGUUGAAGGCUCUAUCUCCGACAAUGUGGACAUCAUCCUGGGAUAUAUAAUUUUCUGCGACUAUUUCCCAGUGAUUUUUUUUUUUACAUACCAAGCAAGAGAGCUGUGAGGAGAGAGAGAACCCACCUUCACCCUGAGAGUCUGUCUGUCUGUCUGUAGAGCAUCUUCCAUGCGUCUACCUGUGUCUCAUUCCCACAUCAACAUGAACUGUGAGCAGGACUUUGAAGAGGGGGGCAUGAACGUCACCCUCACGCUACGGCUCCUCAUGCACGGAAAGGAAGUCGGCAGCAUCAUUGGAAAGAAAGGAGAGACAGUGAAGAGAAUACGAGAAGAGAGCAGCGCCCGUGUCAACAUUUCAGAGGGUUCAUGUCCAGAGAGGAUCAUCACCAUUACAGGACCUACAGACUGUGUCUUCAGGGCCUUCACGAUGAUCACUCUCAAACUGGAAGAGGACCUUUCAACUCUGGUAGCCAAUGGCACGGUCACCAGCAAGCCUCCCGUCACCCUACGAUUGGUCAUUCCUGCCAGCCAAUGUGGCUCUCUCAUCGGGAAGGGCGGCUCCAAGAUCAAGGAGAUCAGAGAGACCACCGGGGCACAAGUACAAGUAGCUGGGGACCUUCUGCCCAACUCCACCGAGAGAGGAGUGACGAUAUCUGGAACCCAAGACGCCGUCAUCCAGUGUGUUAAACUCAUCUGCACUGUCAUUCUCGAGUCACCUCCGAAAGGAGCCACUAUUCCGUAUCGACCCGGCCCCUCCCCAGGAACAGUCAUGAUCGCCGGGAACCAGGUGUUUGAGACAUCUGAGUACGGAUCACAUCCUCUCUUCCAUGUGUCCCAGGGAGGGCUGGAUUUACAACAAAUGUACGCUGUACAGAACCAAUAUGGCAUUCCACAUUCAGAGUUGGCCAAGCUUCACCAGUUGUCGAUGCAACAGCAAGGCCUGGCCGCCCAGAUGAGCCAGCAGCAAGGCCUGGCCGCCCAGAUGAGCCAGCAGCAAGCCAACUCUGUCAUGCCUGGAAUGGAGUCCAAUUCCCAGACCACAUCUCAGGAACUGCUCAUUCCUAAUGACCUCAUCGGCUCCAUCAUCGGGCGUCAGGGAACCAAGAUCAAUGAGAUCCGCCAGGCGUCAGGGGCUCAGAUUAAGAUAGGUAGCCAGCUGGACAGCACCAGUGAUAGAGCCGUCACCAUCACAGGGACCCCCAUCUCUAUCAACCUGGCCCAGUACCUCAUCACCUCCUGCCCCUACCCAAGCCAUCACCCUGACUUAUAGCAUCCACUCCCCACAUGAGAGUCCUAAAGACCCCCCCUCCAGUAAUCUGUUGCAAAACACACAUUUUUUUAUCUCCUUUUAUUUAAUUUAUUUAAUUUGUAUUUUCUUUAACAUGUCUUUUAUUUAUUUAACCUUCUAACCCGUUUCCAUCCGGUACUCCUCCUUCCCUCCUUUCCUCUUCCCUCGUCCCUCCCUCCCUCUCUCCUUCCGCCCUCCUUUCCUCUUCCCUCGUCCCUCCCUCCCUCCCUCUCUCCCUCCACCCUCCCUCUCUCCCUCCACCCUCCCUCUCUCCUUCCCUCCUUCCCUCCCUCCUUUCCUCUUCCCUCGUCCCUCCCUCCCUCUCUCCCUCCACCCUCCCUCUCUCCUUCCCUCCUUUCCUCUUCCCUCGUCCCUCCCUCCUCCCUUCCCUCCCUCCCCUCUCUCCCUCCACCCUCCUUUCCUCUCUCCCUCGUCCCUCCCUCCCUCCCUCCACCCUCCCCUCUCUCCCUCCUCCCUCCCUCCACCCUCCCUCCCCUCUCUCUCCACCUUCCCUCCCUCCCUCCCCUCUCUCCCUCUCUCUCUCCCUCCCUCCCUCCCUCCCUCCCUCCACCCUCCCUCCACCUCCUUCGUCCUCCUCCUAUCCCCCUGUGCAGUUUAGAGACCGCCAAAUCCACCGCCCAGUCUUCCUCCAUGUCGACCUCUGCUGACCUCACCAUGGCCUACACCCAACCCCCCUCCCCCGCCUCCUCCUCAGCCGCUGCUGCUGCCACCCUGGCUGCCAUGGGCUGCCCCGGCAUGUCCCACCCCCACCCCCACGCUGCAGUCCCCAUGAUGGGCAACCCCUACGGGGCCCUCCCCCUCUCCAGCCUCCUCGGAAUGCAAUCCAUGAAAUCCCUCCAAUCCAUGCCCUACCUGGCUUUAUCCAACCCUGCCGCCAAUGCAGCCGCUGCUCAGGCUCAGGCCCAGGCCCAGGCCCAGGCUCAGGCUCAGGCUCAGGCUCAGGCCCAGAUCUAUACGGCGAAGAUUUCUUCUGCUAAUGGGAUCGGGAAGAAACCAGAGAGACAGAAGUUUGCGCCGUACUGAUGACGUCUGUCUCCAUCCCUCCAUCCCUCCAGCUCUCACCUCCUCCGUCUACGAGACAAGAAAGAAAAGGGGGAAAGAAUGGAGGGAAGGAAAUAGCAGUUUUUUUUAUUCUCCUCCAUUCUCUUUCUUCUUGCCUGAUGAUGUGGUUGUAGAUGGACAUUUUCGAUUGAUUAUGUUUUGUAGGCUUUUUUUGUCCCUUAUAUAGUGAACCACUAGGAGGAACGUUUGAUUGGCUCGUUUAGAUAGCUAUAUUUAUGUUGUCAGGUCUUGGAAACCUAUCAAGCCAUAGCCUGUGUCCCAAAUGACAACCUAACUCCUUUACGGUGCACUACUUUAGUCCAGAGCACAUAAGGCUCAGGUUGAAAGUAGUGCGCUAUAUAGGGAAUAGGGUGCCAUUUGGGAUGCACACAUAGACUAUUCCUAACUUCCAUUUUUAUCUUCUUCUAACCUUCCAUUCGUUCUACUGUACUGCUGUGAUUGAUUAUUGAUAAUAAUGAAAUAUUCCCACUAAGAGUUUAUAAAUUAAAACACUGGUGAGUGAUGCUCAACUGUACGUGCGUAUGAGCUUUUUAUACAGUACAUGAUGUCUGUUUAGGUUACUUCCUGUAUUCAACUCCUUGAUUUUUUUAAGGACGAUGUAAAAAAAAAAAAAAAAAAAAAUUAAAAGUUUUAAAAAAUGACUAGACAAAAAAAAAUCUAACCACUCGUUUGCAUUAACUUUUUUUGUGAGUUUUUGGUCAUAUUUUAUUUGAAAUGUGUUGUUUAAUUUAUUUUAUUUAUUAUGCCGAGUAUUACUUUUACGAUACAUUUUUUUUAUUUUUGAGGGGGGAAAUGGCAGCGAGUACUAAGAUUAGAGUUAUUCCAUCCUGUCCUGAGUUUUAACUCGGUGACCAGACUGCUGGCUAGGGCCACUCUAACACGGUGACCAGACUGCUGGCUAGGGCCACUCUAACACGGUGACCAGACUGCUGGCUAGGGCCACUCUAACACGGUGACCAGACUGCUGGCGAGGGCCACUCUAACACGGUGACCAGACUGCUGGCUAGGGCCACUCUAACACGGUGACCAGACUGCUGGCGAGGGCCACUCUAACACGGUGACCAGACUGCUGGCGAGGGCCACUCUAACACGGUGACCAGACUGCUGGCGAGGGCCACUCUAACACGGUGACCAGACUGCUGGCUAGGGCCACUCUAACACGGUGACCAGACUGCUGGCGAGGGCCACUCUAACACGGUGACCAGACUGCUGGCGAGGGCCACUCUAACACGGUGACCAGACUGCUGGCGAGGGCCACUCUAACACGGUGACCAGACUGCUGGCGAGGGCCACUCUAACACGGUGACCAGACUGCUGGCGAGGGCCACUCUAACACGGUGACCAGACUGCUGGCGAGGGCCACUCUAACACGGUGACCAGACUGCUGGCUAGGGCCACUCUAACACGGUGACCAGACUGCUGGCGAGGGCCACUCUAACACGGUGACCAGACUGCUGGCUAGGGCCACUCUAACACGGUGACCAGACUGCUGGCGAGGGCCACUCUAACACGGUGACCAGACUGCUGGCGAGGGCCACUCUAACACGGUGACCAGACUGCUGGCUAGGGCCACUCUAACACGGUGACCAGACUGCUGGCUAGGGCCACUCUAACACGGUAUUUUCUCCUGUCUCUCACCACAGAAGUGGUAUCUUCUACUAAAACCAGUUGUUGUUGUUUUUGUUUUUUUAACAACAGUAUGUUUUUGUUAAAUAGAGAAAAAUGUGUUUCCACAACUGGGAAUAUUAUUAAAGCAUUUAACAUGAUAAAA